CCGGCCGCUUCGUAUUUCUCAUAAAAACCUUACUACACAUAUUCCUCCCGUUCAUCCACAAGGCUUGCAUUCCGAAGCGCUGCUAAAUCUUUUCUCAGGAAAUGGCGAGCACGAGCAACGAGAAGGAGGAGAGAGCCGGGGCCGAGAUAGUGUACGGAGCUGAAGAGUGUUACCGGAGCUCGGUGGAGCUUCUAGAGGAGCUAGGGUUUCCGAAGGGAGUGAUGCCAUUGAAGGACCUUGUGGAGUGUGGGAGGGUCAAAGCCACGGGUUUCGUGUGGAUGAAGCAAAAGGCUCCUUAUGAACACUUCUUCGAAGCCACUAACACUCGCGUCAGCUACGCCGUGGAGGUCACGGCCUAUGUCGAGAGAUGUUGCAUGAAGAAGAUGACAGGGGUGAAGAGUAAGCAGAUGUUCUUGUGGGUGCCGAUCGUGGAGAUGAGAAUGGAGGAACCAACAAGCAAGAAGAUUCUCUUCAAGACCCCAAUGGGCAUUGGCAAAUCCUUCCCUGUCAUUGCCUUUAUGGACGACGAAGAGAAACGCCAAUACUACUUGCAGAAUCCCCAAUUCUAAUAUAUAUAUAUAUAUAUAUAUAAACCAUUUGAAUAAUGAUACAGUUUUUUUUUUCCAAUAUUUAUUUCGCAAUGUUGUUGGUAUGUUUUCAAAUGUAUUGCUGAUAAUUAAUGGUUGAGAGAUCAUA